CCCAGCUCUUCCGUCGGCCGGGUGGAGUCUCCUUUGCUCUUGUCUACUGCUGGAGCUGCUAAUAAAGCUUCAUUCGAAUACUUGAGUUGCCGCGCCCUGCGUUUCCCUCAUGAGCCUCUUCCGCCCGCAACACGAGACUCAGCACCACACAAUCAGCGUGGCAAAGCCUGAAGGGCGGGACAGGAAGUGAGGUCACUCCUCACCGGGGUGAAAGGUUAGCGGAAGUGUCCUUGUUUCCUUUUUCCUGUAGGCCCGGGUGGUUGCUGCCGAAAUGGGCAAGUUCAUGAAACCUGGGAAGGUGGUGCUUGUCCUGGCUGGACGCUACUCCGGACGCAAAGCUGUCAUCGUGAAGAACAUUGAUGAUGGCACCUCAGAUCGCCCCUACAGCCAUGCUCUGGUGGCUGGAAUUGACCGCUACCCCCGCAAAGUGACAGCUGCCAUGGGCAAGAAGAAGAUCGCCAAGAGAUCAAAGAUAAAAUCUUUUGUGAAAGUUUAUAACUACAAUCACCUAAUGCCCACAAGGUACUCUGUGGAUAUCCCCUUGGACAAAACUGUCGUCAAUAAGGAUGUCUUCAGAGAUCCUGCUCUUAAACGCAAGGCCCGACGGGAGGCCAAGGUCAAGUUUGAAGAGAGAUACAAGACAGGCAAGAACAAGUGGUUCUUCCAGAAACUGCGGUUUUAGAUGCUUUGUUUUGAUCAUUAAAAAUUAUAAAGAAAAAAAGCCUGUGUCUGCAUGCUGU